GGAUCCCAGUGCCCAUCUCUUCUCCACGACAGUCGCCUCAGUCUCUCUUUCUUUGUCUUCGCCUCUUUGAGUCUUUGUAAAAUCCAGAGAGAGAAACAGAGCUUGCAGCUGCAUCAAUGGCGUUCUUAUCUUUCGUCGGCCGUGUUCUUUUCGUCUCCGUCUUCGUUCUAUCUGCGUGGCAAGAGUUUAAUGACUUUGGAGUUGAUGGUGGAUCUGCAACAAAAGCCAUUACACCAAAAUUCAAUCUCCUUUCAAAGCAUUUCACAACACAUACAGGCUUACAAGUGCCUGAUUUUGAGAUCAAAAUCUUGGUUGCUGGAGCCAUAGCUUUUAAAGCCGUUGGAAGCAUUCUUUUCAUCUUUGGAAGUACCAUUGGUGCUACUCUCCUGAUUGUUCAUCAGUUGAUUGUUACUCCCAUGUUAUAUGACUUCUACAACUAUGACAUUGAGAAGAAGGAAUUCCUUCAACUUUUUAUCAAAUUUACACAGAGUUUGGCAUUGUUGGGGGGACUUUUGUUCUUUGUUGGAAUGAAGAACAAGAACUCUAUUCCAAAGAAAACUUCUGCAACAAAGAAGACUCACAAAACAAAGACUGUUUAAGAGAGAAAGAUGAUGUUGUAAGGUUGCAUUAAGAUUUUUCUAGAUUUUUGUGCCAUUUUAUGCACUUCUUUUGUAUGGAUUAUGUUUAGUUUUGUUGUUGUUACGGAAUUAUGCAAACAUUUUUUGAGUUGGUUUUUAGUUUAAGAUUUCUAUUA